AAGGCCAGAGAAAAAAAUCGAAAGGGACAGGAUCAGGUGUGGAUAACGUAUACAAUAGUCGAUGGUUCGCUUACGAAGCUUUACGAUUCUUGGAAGACAGAGAUAAGCCAAGAAAAAGUAUGGACACGGAAUCGCAACAAGAAGAACGUGGUAGUGGCAAAGAGGAUGAAUUACAAACCGAAUCGGAGAUCGAAGUCGAAAAAACUCCAACCAGUGCCCCAAAACGGAGAAUAAAAACAUCUCGCGAAGAACAUUCUUCGCUGAUGGUUGAUGCAGUGGCUGUCUUAAAAACUGCAGCUUCUAAGCUAACUUCAUCUUCUCCAGAAAAUGACGAAGUCAAAGCUUUUUUAAGUUUUGUAAUGGCAAAAAUGAAUUCCUAUUCAUUCGAAACGAGGAAAGGAGUUGAACAUUCUAUUCUUGAUACAAUUAUGAAGGCUGAUAGAGGAUUUUACGAAUUUCCUGCGCACAUGAGGCAGUAUGGGCAGCAACAGCAGUCAUAUCAUUCAACUGCAUCGACAAGUGCCAACGAAAGCUUACAGUCGUCUUCUGACUCGCAGUAUCAACCAUCCACCUACACAGAGUUAGUAGUUGUUCCGCCACAAGUAACACCUCAAUUCCCAAACAUAUCUUUAACAGAAAGGCUCGCUUCCCGACAAGCAAUGUCCUCUCCUUCGUCACUCCUCUCCAAUUAUACACCAUCCCCUCAACAUUCAGAUCGCGAUGAUUUUAAUGAUUAUGUUUAAAAGUACGCACGCUAUUUUUGUUUAUACAUUUUUCAGUUGUUCUUUUCAAUAAUAUUACUAAAUAAAGUUUGUUUUUACCUUAAUAUAUUCCUUUAGUUCAUGUACAAGUGCUCUACAUACUUCUGAAACAAUUCGCCCAAUAGAUUGUUUUGAUAUUCUAAAUAGAAAUUGGAGGCUUGUAUACGAAUCUCCGGUCGCUAGGUAUCGUAAAGUUACUGCUAACCUAAAAAUACAAUUUGCUCGAUCACAUCUUCCAAAAUAUGUAUACUAGUACUUAUUAACUUUAUUUAUGUACUUAAAUCGACCACUUACCUAUCUUGAACAGAGAUAGGGCUACGAAAAUGUGUUUCCUGCUUGGCGAUAUUUGGACCUAUUUUUUGUAAAAGGUUUUCAAAAUCACUUGGUGUCAUCCUAGUGAAGUUUUUGUAUUGUCCGCUAAUGUGCUGAAUCUUCAUAUCAAGCAGUAAUUCAGAUCCUGUUCGUUUUUUGAAUAAUUCGGUUUUCCACCAUCGUCUGUCUCGUCUUGUUUUUCUUUUACGCAUCUCUUCCAUAAUAAUAACUAUGGAUCCGCUUGCUAACAACAAUGCUAUCGCUUCUUCAUUGGAGGACAUGGCACAAUAAAUAAACAAUUUCUGCACAACCACUGAAAAACAA